AAAACCUGAUUUCCUCCAUAAAUUCCUGACGAGAAGAAAUAAUAAAAUCCCUCUUUGAAUUCUGUGUGUGUCACGGCGACUCACUUUCCCUGAUUCGGGUUGGGAUGAAUUAGCCCACGUCUAGCUCGAUCAAAUAAGGGUUUCUCUCUGUUCUUUCCCAGAUUGUUCUAGGUAUUGCUUGUGGGAACAAAAACAAGAAAUGCAGAAUUGCAACUUAGAUUUGGGAUUAGUAUCGCCAGUACCAGAAAUGCAUCUCCUUCGCCCGCACGGGAGACUUCUACUCCAGCCGAAAAUCCCAAGUUUGGGAUUAGGACCCUUGGGUUAGAGAAAGCCCUAAGUAACAGUAGCAACUUAGAUUUCCUUUCUUCUACUUCUUUGGCCUACUUUGCGGGAACCAUGCUCUGUCUGCCGACUCGGUUUUCACCCGUGAUGUCUUUCUGUACAGUUCAUGCGGUGAGUAGUUCACACCACAGAAUUUGCAAGCGUUUUCCUAUUUUUCUAAAACUUUCUUCAUCAUCAUCAUCAUUAUCUGCACUUAAAGCUAUGGACAUUAUUGAUGAAACAACCAACAAUGACUCUAGCUACCACGAAUUACAUCUCAGCAUGCAAGGCCAUGCCUCCUCUGGUAACUUUGCAAAAGCCCUGGACUUUUUGAACUCAAUGAGAAAUGUACCGGGCAAACCCACUGUGUAUGAUUUCAAUGCUUUGCUUUACUCUUACUUAAAGUCACAAAGUGUAUUAUUAGAAUAUGUGGUUCAGGUUUACCAUGGAAUGGAAAGAUUCGGGCCCACCCCAAAUUCUUCGACUUUCAAUGUGCUUUUGAAUGGUAUGCUAUCACUUGGUCAUCUAAAAGAUGCUUUUGUGAUUGCUGAAAAGAUGGUUGGGGGUGGGUUCUUACCCUCGUUUACUUCUUUGUCGAAAGUCUUGAAAAAGAUGCUUCAAGUUGGGGAUUUAGUUAACUCAAUUGGUGUUUUUAAGCUUAUGUUGAAGUUGGAGUAUUUUCCGACCGAACCCAGUUUGAGUUUGUUGAUUUCUAAGCUUAGUAAAGCCAGGAUGAUCCAAGAGGUGUGGUUUGUUUGCUAUGCUCUUAUCAGUAAGGGUCAUUUUUUUGGUGCUUAUGUAUAUAACCCUAUACUUUGGGCUUUGUGUAAAUCUGGUCAGAGUUAUAAUGCUUUGGAAUUGUAUUAUUGGAUGAAGAGGAAGGGCAUUGUACAUAAUGCGUGCUCUUAUACUGCUUUAAUUUAUGGGUUUGGUAGAGAAGGUUUGUGGAGAGAUCUUCUUGGUUGUUUAAAUGAAAUGGAGAGUGAUGGAUGUAAGCCUAGUGUAAUAACAUAUACUAUAAUUAUUAAGUUUCUUUGUGGUGAAGGGAGGAUUGCAGGGGCGUUAGACUUUUUGACUAAGAUGGAAAGGGAAGGAUGUGAACCAGAUAUGACCACAUACAAUGUGAUUCUUCAUGAACUUUGUCUUCAAGAUAGAGUGGACGAAGUCGUUCACUUACUUGAUAUGAUUGAGAACAAAGGAUUUUCUCCCAAUUCAUACACAUAUGCUGCUUUGGGCGGAGGCCUGUUAAAAACAGGUAAGAUUGGAAUUGCUUGUGAACUAUUGCUCGGUGUGAUUACAAGGGGCUGCUAUGUGGAUGUUGCUGUGUACAAUAUAUACUUCCAUUGUCUAUGUCACGAGAAUAGAUCAAAAGAAGCACUAUAUUUAUUGAAGAAAAUGAUGGAAGAAGGUUUAAUGCCUAGUAAUGUGUCAUUUAACACAAUUUUAAAGGGUUUCUGUAGAGAAAAUAACAUUUCCAAGGCUUUGAAGCUCUUGGACUGCUUUAAGUGGGAUGAAAAUGGGCCUGAUGUGAUUUCCUUCAAUACGAUUUUGUCUGUGGCAUGCAAACAGAAAAAGCAUUCCAUGAUCCAGAGGGUAUUGAGUCGUCUGAAGAAUGGAGGUGUUCAGCCUAAUGCUGUUAGUUUGAAUUGUUUGAUUCAGUACUUCUGUAAGGUUGAAAAAUUUUCAGACUGUUUGAAGCUCUUGGAUUACAUGACGUGCAAUGGUUCUAGUCCCACUAUUGUCACUUUUAAUGUGCUGCUAGGCAGCCUUUGCAAGAAUGGUUUAGUUGGAAUUGCACAACAGGUUUUUAAGCAUCUCAGAAACACUGGAUUUUUCCCUGAUACAACUUCUUAUAAUAUUCUUAUUCACGCCUUCAUAAGAGAGGGCAACAAAGUGAUGGUUAAUCAAUUGGUUAAUUACAUGUACAGCCAAGGACUAAAACCAGAUCUCUUUACCUAUGGGUCCUUAAUUAGUGGCCUCUGCAAGGAAGGAAAGGCAUCUGUUGCUCUUAAGUUGAGGGAUGAAAUGGUAGAGAAUGGGCUUGCCCCAAGUAUUGUAAUUUACAAUACCCUAUUGGAGGCAAUGUUCCAGAGAGGUACUUAUUCAGACAUUUUCUCGUUAUUGAAAAUUCUGGUUCUAGAAGGCUGUCAACCUAAUGAGGCAACUUUUGAGAUCCUUAACCGACCAAUGUGCAAAAGUUGGAUGAAGAGAUCGGUUGAGGUUGCAAAAUUUCUGGAGCUUGUGGAUGAAUGCAAAGCUAAUUGAUUUAGGGUCAUUGACUCCAUAUAAAGCCUUUCUCUUAAGCAGUGAAGAAUUAUUCCAAAAAGAUUAAAAUCUCCAGUCAGGCAGAAAUUCAGCAUAAUCUUCAGAAACGAAGAGGUCAUGGACUGCUAUCUAUACUUCAGCCGAAAUUCAGUGGUGCACUAGAUCACUGUUGAGAAAACUGUUCUGGAGCAAGCAAUAGCCGAUAUGAGCUUCAGGGAAAAUAUGUGUUGCCUGGCACGUGACAUUGCAACCCCAUUGGAAGGGAAAAGUGUGUGUUGUUGGAAAGGGCAAUGGCGGGGUAUCUGGGUACUGUCAUAUCUUCUAUGGGGAAGUUCCUAGAGCUGAGGUUGCUGAGAUGCUUUCCCUAGCCAGACUUGUUUCUCGAAGUACAGAUCCUGCUGUUCAUUCAAGAUCAAAGGAUCUCUUUAUUCGAAGUUUGCAGUCGGUGGGAUUAUAUAUUGAAAGCCUUAAAGAACUACUCGAGGUUAUGCGGGACAUUAUACUCUGUUAAAUGAAGUUAUUCUAGAAGACAUCUUCCAGGUUUAACUGAUUUUAGAGGUAGGUAGUUAGCAUGGCUGUUGUGAUGCAAGUGGUGGUGUCGGCGAUGGGGAUACAAUUUUAUGUAUCCUUUCAAUCCUUGCCUGGGCUCAAAUAUCAUCCAAUAUCUCUGUGUCUAGAGAAUUCACUUAUGAAUAUCAAUGAGGUUUCUCUGAGAUAAUAGGCAUAACUCUUGCUAAUCGAACUUAGGAAAUGUAUUAGUUAGAGGGGGAAUACAUAGCAGCCAUGGUUGCCUUUGGUUCUUGGCAUGUAGGCUUUGUCGUUUAGUAAUUGGUUUUAUCAUUAUAUCCCUUUUGUCAAGCAGAAUUUGAUUUUCGUGGGGAGGUUUGGGAGUGCGGAACCUUCAAAUCUCAGCAUGUUCUGGCAGUUGGUGCAUACAGCAACGAGGAUGGUUUGCACCUGGAAAAUAUGUUUAUUCAGAAAGAUAAUGCUACAAUUCAUGCAGAUGAGACUUUUGUUAGGGUCUAAAACGAAUCUUCACUUUGUUGUUAGCAGACUCGACUCUACAACGGACGUAAGAAGUAUCAGACAUGGGUGAGAAAAGAUCUCCGAUUAACAGUGUCUGACUCGCCAAAAUAACCAUGGAAAACUAAGACCACCAGGGUUUCUAUGUAUGUACAGAUUGGAUCUAGUGAAUCAUUUGAUCAAAGGAAAAAAAGGAGAAUAGAUUGGAAAGCAUGGAAACCAGCAAAUUGCGGCUUUCCUUUAUACAAUUACAAGUUAAUAGUUUCAAGGACCAUAUACAAUUACAAGAAGCUAACAUCAAGGUUUCUGAAGUUCCAUCUUGCAGCAAUGGUUUCUCUUUGAUUUUAUUCGAACCAAAUUCGUGUUCGAGUCCUACUGGCGUAGAGAAAGAAGUCUUUUUAUUUUUAUUUUUAUUUUUAUAUGAUGGUUGAUGGGUUCAUGUUCUGAAUUAUAAAUGCAUCAAAUGGAAAUG